AUGGCGCAGGAACGCACCGGUAUCGUGGUCGGCACCAACAAGGGCCACAAAACCACUCCCCUUAACACCCCCAAGAACAAGAUUAGCCGUUCCAAGGGCCAGUCUUCCCGCCGCACUGCGUUCGUCCGCGAGAUCGCUCGUGAGGUUGUCGGCCUUGCCCCCUAUGAGCGCCGUGUGAUUGAGUUGCUCCGCAACGCCCAGGACAAGCGUGCUCGCAAGCUCGCUAAGAAGCGCCUCGGCACCUUCACCCGCGGCAAGAGAAAGGUUGAGGACAUGCAGAAGGUCAUCGCCGAGGCCCGCCGUACCCAGGCUCACUAA